AUGCUUGAAGUGUAUUACAGUGUCGAGAAAACAUUGUAUGUCAUCAUCGCCAUCAUUGGGGUCCCUGUGAAUUUAUUGUCAAUUACAAUCCUGUCCCGUGUAAAAUGCGGCCUCUCCACCUGCACCAUUCGCUACCUAGUGGCCAUGGCAACGGCAGAUCUCAUGGUCAUUAUCACGGAGGUCAUUUUGCAUCGGAUCAACAAUCAUUAUUUCCCCGUGAGUUUCCUCAACAUCACUCCUGUGUGCAGUGCGAGAGUUGUCUUGUCCCGUAUCGCCCUGGACAUUUCUGUUUGGUUCACCGUGGCUUUCACAUUUGAUCGAUUAGUCGCUCUUUGUUGUCAGAAGCUGAAAACAAAAUAUUGCACCGUGCAAACCGCAAACUCAGUUCUCUCAACAGCCGGAAUUCUGCUCUGUCUGAGAAAUGUUCCCUUCUACUUCACACUUGAACCGGGGGAAUUAAUUGACAAUGUACCUUGGUUCCUUGUUGUGAAACCAAGUUACUACACUGAUCCGUGGUGGAUAGGAUUUGACUGGUUCGAUACGGUUUUAACUCCGUUGAACCCGUUCGUUGUAAUUCUGAUCCUCAACGGUUGGACAGUCAGCCACAUUUUAGUGGCCAGUCGGGUCCGUAAGGGGCUGAGGGGUCAGUGCAAUGGGGAGAACCGCAGUGAUCCGGAGAUGGAGCGCAGGAGGAGGUCUGUGAUUUUGCUCUUCGCCCUCUCUGGCAACUUCAUCCUCCUGUGGAUGACGACUGUUGCACAGUUCCUCUAUUAUCAGAUCACAGGAAACGGUGGAGAGUGGAAUAAUUCCGAAUAUAUAUUUUAUAAAGUCGGAUUUUUGCUGAGUAAUUUAAGCUGCUGCACGAACACAUUUAUUUAUGUGGCGACUCAGUCCAAAUUCCGGGUGCAGGCGCAGAACGCGGUGAAAUAUCCUAUCACGUCAGCGUUCCUGCUCAUUUUUGAAACCCGCAGUUGA